AGGGAGAAUUUUUUUUUUCCAACUUCCCCUUUGCUGUAUGUUUGUGGAUGAUCGUUUUGUUUAUUUUUGUUUUCAUUACAAAGUACUAAAACGACGCAAUGUAAUUUCACUUGUAUCAGAGACAAUCUACUUGUAUUAAGCAGAUUAUAUGUGGUGCUACUGGGACGAAGUCGUCCUAUUUUUCAUUGUAAUUUGUCACUUGUAAAUAGCACCAUAAGCUUUCAUGACAAACAUGGCAAAGAUAAUUCGUGCCAUAAAUGAACUUAAAAGUGUUUCAAGACAUUUUAACUGUGGCAUUCGCAACAAACAAUUUUCUUUACUUAGCUGUUUGCGCUCAAAUGCCUCGCUUCCGUUCGAAGUGAAGGAAGAACAGGAUCUGACCAACAGCAGCUACGAUGCAGUCGUGUACGUGUCGAGCACGGAAUUACAGCGCAGCCAGACGCUGCAGCCCGUGAGAGCGGCUAUCGAGAGAGCAGCCCAGCUGGACGGCGAUGCGGACAAGCAGCGGUCCGUGCUGGAGGUGGCGCUCCCUUGCAGGCGGCUGGUCUACUCCCCGCCCGGGAGGCUGGUCCGGGACUACCACGACGUGCGGAGCGUCUCGGAGGCCGCCCACUCGGGCGUCAAGAGGGCUCUGGAAGCGGGGGCCAAGUCGCCGCUGCUGGUGCUUCCCGACCACGAGUGGUUCCCGUCCAGCCGAUUGGCGUCCCUGCUCGGGGCCCUGUCCGCUCUCUACGUGCCUCUGCAGCUGCGUGAAGACGUGCCGGCGAAGAGUCAGAAAGUGAGUCGCAUCGGCGUGUGGAGUCCGGGUGCGAGAAGCGCGGAGGACAUCGUGAGGAUAGCAUCUGUGCUGGAGCAAGGAAGGACUGUGGCCCGGGACAUCGGGACGGCGGACCCGGAGCGUAUGUGCCCCGCGAACGUGCAGCGGUACGUGGAGGACGUCUUCAGGGACACAGCGGUGGGGGUGGAGAUGGUGUCCGACCCGGGGGUCCUGGCCAGGGAGUACCCCCUGUUCUCCGCGGUGGACCGCGCGGCCAGAGGGGUGGAGCGCUACAAGGGCCGGGUCCUGUACCUCACCUACGAGCCGGAGGGCCCCGUGGGGCGGACUCUGCUCCUGGUCGGCAAGGGCGUGACCUACGACACGGGCGGGGCCGACGUCAAGACGGGGGGCGGCAUGGUGGGGAUGUCCCGCGACAAGUGCGGCGCGGCCGCAGUCGCCGGCUUCAUGAAGGUGGUUUCGCUGCUGAAGCCGGAAGGGGUGAAGGUGGUGGGGGCCCUGCCCUUGGUGCGCAACAGCGUGGGGGUGGAGGGCUACGUGGCUGACGAGAUCCUCACGGCUCGCAGCGGGGCGCGUGUGCGCGUCGUCAACACGGACGCAGAGGGCCGGAUGAUCCUCGCCGACGCGCUGUGCCGCAUGAAGGAGCUGGCCGUCGAAGCCGUCAACCCCCACCUCAUGACCAUUGCCACCCUGACGGGUCACGCCAUCCGCGCGGUUGGCAGAGGUUACACGAUAGCGAUGGACAACGGGCCGGCGAAGGCAGAGCGCACGGUCCAGAGGCUGCAGGAGGCUGGUGAAGCUCUCGGGGACAUGUUCGAGAUCAGCACCAUCCGGCGGGAGGACUUCAGCAACUACAAAGGGAAGGGGGAAGGCGUGGACGUGAUGCAGACCAACACACAGUCCUCCUCCAAGCAGUCCCGGGGCCACCAGGGGCCGGGGGCCUUCCUCAUCAUGGCGUCGGGACUCGACAAGCACGGCCUGGACUCGGAGAAGCCUCUGAGGUACACGCACCUGGACAUUGCUCCGUCGGCCGGCGAUCUGCCGGACCAAGGGACGGGCUGUCCUUUGCUGGCGCUCUACGCGUUCUUCAUCGGGAAGUAAAGAAUCGAACCACGGCCCUUGCACCGGUUAAAGCUCUGCUUUUUUUUUUGUACGUUUGGGUUUAUCCUGAUACGACGAAAAUUAACCGUGCUUUCUCGCAUAAUCGCCGUCGCACAUUUUAUUCUAAAAUCAAGUUUGAAAAGUAGGGGUGCGACGAUUAUGCGGGGAAAAAAAAAUUUUUGUUUAGAUUAAGUUAUUCAUAAAAACCAAACCCCAUUCAUGGAAAGUACGUUUGUUUAAAAAGGGAAGUAUAAAAGAGCACGCCAAACAAUUUAAAUUAAUAAGUCACACAAAAGAAACCUUUCUUCAACUUUAAAUAGAAAAACAUCUGUGAUCCAAAUGCAAGCCGAAUGAACGCAUAACUAACGUAGUGCAUAACACGAAAGAAUGCGGGCUAUCAAAUGUAGUUAACUCAGCACCUGAUAGAGAGUGCGCGUCGCAUGCAAUCGGCGAGAUAUCGAUAUUCGGCUACGUGCGCGCGCUCUAUACGGAAAGCAACAUAACCAAACAUUAAUGAUUGCAACGAGCGCUGGCUACAGUUUUGUACGUGGUACACCGCGGCGACGUUGACGAACGGAUGAAGGUUAUAAUGUUUAAAAAGUUUUUAAAAGAUAAUUUACACGUCAGACAACUACGUAUUUCCGUUAAUUAAAUAAGUAAGUGGUAAUGUCCGAAUAAAUAUUGGAUUUAUAUUUUAAAAAACAUUGUUUUAUACGGAAAAAAUACCCACAGAAAACGCUCGGAAUCUAAUAGCGGGACCAAAAACAUUAUGCGACAUUUCCGCGAGUUUUUUUUUAUCCAAAUUUUGACGCCCUAAAAUAUGGGUGUGACCAUUAUGCGAGUGUGACCAUUAUGCGAUAAAAGAGGGUAAAUGUCUAUUGUUAAUAGAAUUGAAGGAAAUUUUACAAGUAAUACAAUAGGCACAGGUCACAUUUAGAGUUAAGGUUACUGUAACAUUUACAGUCAUUAAAGAUUUUUUUUUUAACUGUUUGAAAUGUGCUACAUCUUAACCUCGAGGCCACUUAAAAUACAUUAAAUUAUAACUAGCAUGAAUACAACUAUCUUAAAAUGAAAUGACAAUAAAUUGAAAUCAAUUACAAAUAAAGAUAUCAGUAAUUGAGUCAAUUGAACUAUAAUAAAGUGCAAUACUUGACUCAACCAAAGAUGUAAACAUUUACACGAGAGAAAAACUACACAUUACCGUGCCGUAAUUUCAGUUCAUCAAUCCUAAGACAGCUCUGAUAAAUGUAAAACCCUCUAGUCUUGACAGCAGCACGGCCUUCUGAUGUCUGAGGUCUGACAAAAUUAUUGUUCUCCGGGCCAUGCUUAUGCUACAAGCUUUAUGCAAAAGUGCUGUGAUAUCUUCAAUAGUGUAUCUGCUCAUUAACGUUUUGUGAAGGAAAGGUGUAGCAAGAUUUAAUAAACGUGUUCUUAGUGUAGCCA